AUGGCCGCCGCCUCACCCGACUCGUCGCUCCCCGCCCUCGUUUUCGUGCCCGGAGAGUGGCAUGGACCAGAGAUAUUCGAUGAGGUCCGGGCGAACCUCAAUGAGCGUGGCUAUCCCACGGAGGCAGCAACAUUGGCCACCCACGGCGCCACGGAUCCCAAAAUAGGCCUGGCAGAAGACGUGGCCAAUGUACGCUCAAUAAUCGAGAGGCUCGUCGAAGAGGGCAAGGACGUGGUAGUGGUAGCCCAUUCGUACGGCGGCGUGCCCUCUUCGUGCGCUGUCGAGGGCCUAUCCGUGAGUGAUCUGGCGGCUCAGGGCAAGAAAGGAGGCGUGAUCAUGGUCGUAUACGUAACGUCUUUUGCCAUUGAGUCGGGGGCAAGCCUUUUAGAGAGCGUGGGAGGAACUUUUCCACCUUGGUGGAACGUGCAGGGAGAAUUUGUCACCCCGAGUGACCCAGCCACUAUUUUCUAUGGAGAUGUCGAGCCUCCGAAGGCAGAGAAGCAUAUCCAAGCCAUUCGCUCAAUGCCACUCAAGGCCUUCAAGGACAUUUCGACUUUUACUCCAUGGGAGAACGGCAUCGAGGUUGGCUACAUCUAUGCAGAGGAGAAUCAAGCAGUUAGUCUUGACAUUCAAAUUGAAUUGUCCUCACAACUCCCCGCUAGUUCAUUCACGGAGAGCCUGAGUUCAAGCCACAUGCCGUUCUUGAGCAUGCCAGAGACACUGUCGGACACCAUCGACCAAGCCGCCAAGCGCGCAGUUGCCCGGAAACCUCUAUAG